UGGGUGCGCCCUGGACGCACGGUUCGGGGCUCUGGAGCCGGGGAGCCAACGCCGAGGUCGGGACUGCAGGACCCAGAGCCUCAAAGGAGGCGAACAAAUAGUCCCCAGCGCCUCCUCCGGCCGCCGUGGAGCCUGUGGUCCCAGCCGCCACCAGCGGGCGGGCCGGGCUGGGCCGGGUCCGGGCGCCGAGCCGGGUGCACGGACCUGGGCCUGCGUGCUCUAAUUGCGGCGCUUAUGUUGAUGAUGAUUUUUUUCUUUCUUUUUUUUUUUUAAAUCACAGCAACCCCCAGUUUAGCGGACUGAUUUACUCCCGGUAUUGGUAAAUAUGAUCACGUGGGCCGCGCGACCAAUGGUGGAGGCUGCAGCCUGCGAACUAGUCGGCGGCUCCGGCGCCGGCGGGGAGCGGCUCGGCGGCGGGCAGUGUAACCUUGGGUGGGAGCGCGCGGCGCCUCAAAAUGUCCUCCAGUGGCACCCUCAGCAACUACUACGUGGACUCGCUCAUAGGCCAUGAGGGCGACGAGGUGUUCGCGGCGCGCUUCGGGCCGCAGGGGCCAGGCGCGCAGGGCCGGCCUGCAGGUGUGGCCGAGAGCCCGGCCGCCGCCGCCGCUGAGUUCGCCUCGUGUAGUUUUGCCCCCAAAUCGGCCGUGUUCUCCGCCUCGUGGUCCGCGGUGCCCGCCCAGCCCCCGGCGGCGGCGGCGAUGAGCGGCCUCUACCACCCGUAUGUGCCCCCGCCGCCCCUGGCCGCCGCCGCCUCUGAGCCCGGCCGCUACGUGCGCUCCUGGAUGGAGCCGCUGCCGGGCUUCCCGGGCGGCGCGGGCGGUGGUGGCGGCGGCGGCGGCGGCGGCGGCGGCGGUGGUGGUGGCGGAGGCGGCGGCCCGGGCCCUGGUCCCAGCCCCGGCCCCGGCCCCGGCCCCGGCCCCGGCGGCCCAGCCAACGGGCGCCACUACGGGAUUAAGCCUGAAACCGGAGCGGUCCCGGCCCCCGCGGCCGCCGCCGCCUCCACCUCCUCCUCCACUUCCUCGUCCUCCUCCUCCAAACGGACUGAGUGUUCCGCGGCCCGGGAGUCCCAGGGGAGCGGCGGCCCCGAGUUCUCGUGCAACUCGUUCCUGCGGGACAAGGCGGCAGCGGCGGCGGGGGGACCCGGGCCCGGGGCGGGCGGCUCGUCGGAGCCCUCGGCUUGCAGCGACCACCCGAGCCCGGGCUGCCCGCUGAAGGAGGAGGAGAAGCAGCCGCAGCCGCCGCAGCAGCAGCAACUUGACCCAAACAACCCCGCCGCGAACUGGAUCCACGCUCGCUCCACCCGGAAAAAGCGCUGUCCCUACACCAAAUACCAGACCCUAGAGCUGGAGAAGGAAUUCCUCUUCAACAUGUACCUCACCCGGGACCGGCGCUACGAGGUGGCCAGGAUUCUGAACCUCACCGAGAGACAGGUCAAAAUCUGGUUCCAGAACCGUAGGAUGAAAAUGAAAAAGAUGAGCAAGGAGAAGUGUCCCAAAGGAGACUGACCCGGCGUGGCGCCGGCGGCGGGAGCGCUCCGAGGCCGCGGGGGCUUCUCCCUUUGUGGGUGCUUGGUUUCCAGAAACUCUCCGGCGACGCGGACUUUCCGUUUUGUUUUGCUUUAGGUAGAAGUGACUGUGUGGUUGGUCUCUGUGAGGUAUUUGGGGGACUCUGUAUUUGCUCGCUUCUGUCGUGGAGAACCCAAGUGGCCGUGGGGGGUCUUCCCCGCUCCCACUCCCUCCCUUUCCUGCUCCGUGGGUUCCUUCGGAAAUGCUAUAUUUUGUGAGUGCACGCUAGUUUGAGGAGCCUUCUCCUGUCCUGUGUACAUUUCCCCCAUGUUUUUGAAAAGUGCUGUAGUUUAGCCCUCAACCCCUCCACGCCGCCCACAGAGGGGCCUGAACGCGCCCCACUUCGGAGAACCAAGGCCGAGUGGGACGGCGCCGACACCCCCGCGCGGAAGCCCAGCCGGGAUGCCCCCGGUUGCACAAACCCCUUCCCUCAGGGAGCCCUCGGGCCCUUGGCGGAAACCUCAUGUGAGGCCUAGCGUGGCGACGGGGGCCUCGGGUGGGUCGGGGGUUUGCCCUGGGUGCAGUGGAGGAGCUGCUGUCUCCCCGGGAGGUCCGAGCUCGCGUGGGUGGCGGCGGCGGGUGACUCUCCCGGUUCCUGCCCAAGGACCAGUUGUAAAUGUUACCGCUUCCUACCAAUAAAUGCUGACCUGAUCCAAUGGAGCCCAG